CCAUCUUCGUCCUAGAGGACGUCACGAGGGUCUGCGAGGGUGAUGCUCCUAGUGAGCGGAAGUGAGCAGCCCCAGGCGGCCUUUUCUCCCUUGGUGCCCGUCGAGGGAGGAGAAGGACUGCAGCAGGGUUGGUACUCGGCCCGCGGGCUGCAGCUGCAGUUGAAACUGAGGAAACGGCCAGCAAGGAGGAGUGCCUCGUGGUGCACGGCGGUGCUCCUCUAACGGCAGCUAGGAGGGAGUUAUGGUGUCUCGCGCAUGCAAUGACUGUGGCCGCCGCAGCCGUGGCACUGUGGCAUCGUGCCCACCUCUACAAGGCGCUCGCCUGCAUCGUCCUCGCCCUGAUCGCCGUCCAGUAUCUGCUUAGCGGCGGUGUCCUCGAUCGUCGCUCCAUCGAGACCAUCUUCACGAUCAACGCGACCAGAUACGCAGAUCGUUCGUAUAGGACUCAUCCGCGUGGCCUGAUCAUAUAUGGUCCAGCAACUAUCAUACCGAGUUUAGCCGCGAGUGGCAAUGUAUCCUCAACGACAAUACUUUCGAUACUGGCCAAGGGUCUCUCGAACUCGUCCAGGUCCGAAUCGAUUAAAAAUCUCGUCGGCAGUGGAACUACACGAGAAUUCCCGGCGACGAACGCAACCAUCAACGCGACGAUUCCACGGUGUCCUCUCAUCCCACCGAAUUUGGUGGGACCAGUGGUCGUCACUAAGUCACCGCCAUCGUUGUCUGAAAUGGAGAAAUCAUUUGUGGAGGUGAAGGCGGGCGGCAGAGGUCGGCCCGCGGAUUGCGUCGCCAGGUAUCGUGUCGCCAUAAUCAUUCCAUUUCGCGACCGACCGCAGCAUCUGCAGACCCUCCUCUACAAUCUGCAUCCGAUUCUGCUACGCCAGCAGAUCGCCUAUCAGAUCUUCGUGAUCGAGCAAGAAGGUACCGGGGCCUUUAAUCGUGCGAUGCUCAUGAACGUCGGUUACGUUGAGGCUUUAAAGGAAAGCACCUUCGAUUGCUUCAUCUUUCACGAUGUUGACCUACUUCCAGAGGACGAUAGAAAUCUGUACACUUGUCCCGAGCAACCCAGACAUAUGUCAGUCGCAGUAGACAAAUUCAAGUACAGACUACCUUAUGCCGAUCUCUUCGGCGGUGUAUCCGCAAUGUCACGCGAACACUUCCAGCUGGUCAACGGCUUUAGCAAUGUCUUCUGGGGCUGGGGCGGCGAAGACGACGAUAUGGCGAAUCGCAUCAAGGCCCAUGGCCUGCAUAUCUCGCGAUAUCCGGCAAAUGUUGCGCGUUACAAAAUGCUCACGCACAAGAAAGAGAAGGCUAAUCCAAAGAGGUAUGAAUUCCUGAAGACAGGCAAGAAAAGAUUCUCCACUGACGGAUUGGCUAAUCUACAGUACGAGCUAAGCGACAAACGAAAGCCGAAGCUGUAUACAUGGCUUUUAGUGAGACUGACUCCGCCGCAGCCCAGCUGAUGGCUACCAUGGCUCGGUUGAAGGCUCCUGCGCGCCAAGUUUACUCCUAAUAAGGUCAAUGCAGUCGUGUUGUGAAACCGCGUCCUUAGGGCUCACUAUUCAGAAGAAGCAAGAACGAGAAACAUUUCCGUAAAAUUUGUUUACGAGAAAAAAAUGUGAAGAUGUUCUCUGAAGACACUCUUGGAAAUGCUGGAAUUCCAAUUGAUCGACGAAGAGACGAGAUCCUGAAUGCACCGGUCAUUUUUAUUCCUAACUAAUCUAGCUGCGAACAUCUCUAGUAAUGCAAAAGUUAUGUUAUAUAGCGCAUUGAAGAAAAACGGAAAAUCCGAAUGAGAAUAAUAAAUGACAAAAAAUAUUUUUUAAGAUUUUGUUUAGCCUAAAUUAAAAAUUAAUUUUAUAUAUAUGUAUAGAUGUAUAUACAUAUAUUGAUACGCUCUUUUUGUAUAUUCAUAAUUGUUGAUUGGUGUUCUUCUGUCAUGUUAUUUUGAGAUUGAUCGUUCUUAAUAUUCUUUUUUUUCCGUUAAAAAUAAGAAAACAUUAGUAAAACGAAGGGCUAAAUUUAAAUAUGUCAUUUACAUACUGCAUUAUUCGAGAGAAACCCUAAAAUGAAUAAUUACUGGGAAUUUGACAUACAGAGAGUGUAUUAAAUCAAUGAGAAGCUAAAUCGAAUAUAACAGUGAAUAGGGAUUAGGAAGAGAGAAAGCUGUGCUUUCAUGUCGGGGAUUCGCCGCUGCGUGAGGGUCUCGUCUUCAGUUUUCCCGUCCUCUCACAGAGGGGACGUUGUUACGUGAUAUAUUUUUAUUCCUCAUAUUUUUUUAUCGCGAUGAUAGGUUAGAGAGCGUGUAGAGAAUAGCAUAUGAGCUGACGUGCCAAAGGAGAAUACAUGUGUAGAUGUGUGUACAUGUGUGCGUGUGCUGUGCGAAAAAAAAAUAGAGAGAAAAAACAGGAAGAGGACGAACAAGCUUCAAUAUCCUUCUUAGAGCCACGGUAUUAAAUACGCAAAAUAAGCUGCCAUUGCUCGAGGAGACUUUGGAGAGUCUCCGCUUUUACGGUUUAUAUGCCGUAUUCAAGAAUUACUGUGCACGAUAAAGCCUUGUUAGCGAACAGAAAGGAAUAACCAAGCAGUGAAGAUCUGAGAGAUCGUACGAUUAUCUUUUAAUAAUAAGUCAGCCAUAAUCCAGUCCUUUUGAAUUUCAGCUCGAUCCAAAAAUUAACGCAGUUAACUUCUAACACUUCCUCUAUGGAGAAACUAUCCUACGGUACUAAAAAUAGAAAGUGAUUUGUAGGGUGCGUAAUGAAAGGAUAUAUAAUGUCGCGGGUAAAGUUUCUUAUAGGGCUAAUCAUGUACGAUAUGUAAUAUGAGAGGGUUCAAAUCAUUUUUCAAGGUUGCAUAUUGCUCGUUAUACUUUGAUCUCGAAUGUACUCUAAGUUUGUAAUUCGAACUCUUAUGAUGAUAUCGGAGCUUAUUUUUUUACGAAACUAAAUUAUCGGUUGGCUCUGUUACGAGGCUCUGUUACGAGGAGGAUUGAUUUUUCUGAUGAAUAUCAGCACGAGCGACUGUGUGAAACGAAGAAAAGUACUUAAUUAAUUAUUGUUUGACAGUAAAUCAUCAAGUGUUCACAAGAUUUUGCACGCUGUCUGCGUAUAUUUAGAUU